UAGAAGAAUGUAAAACAUCAAAGGGGCAGGCCUAAGCAAGCUAUAGGUUACAUGUCUGAGCUAGCAAAGUAAUUAUACAUGUCUAAAUUCAGUAUCUUGUUGCAGUCACCUUGCUGUUUUUAUAGGUAUCAGUUCAUUACUUAGGAAUCUCUGCAGCAAUUAGUGUUACAUACAUGUGUCUUGCUUGUAGUUAGAAGCAGCCACUAAACAAAUCAUAUUUGAAGAUUGGAUAUCUGCUUUGUUUGCAUCUAACUUAGCAGAGCUCUGUAUAUCAAGAAAGAAGAUUGUACAUGUAUAUCUGUUUUACCAACCUUUAUACUCGCUAGAGAAGAUUUUAGACAGUAAUUUAGAGUCUUAUCUUGCUGACCGUUUGUUGCAAGUAAGCUCAGAGUUGCUAACGGCCGCCAUUUUAUUUCAGUGUGACCACACCCGCUUUAAAUGAAAGUUAUGCUGUUUAACAUUAAUAAUACAUGUAGUUAGACGACCCAUGCCCGUACAUACAGACAGACGCUUUCUCAUCUUAGUAGAGCUCGCUCAGGCUCACCCCAAUUAGAGAUGUGUCUCAUCAAUAGUUUCCAGAACUUUUGAGAAAGCAUACAGUAUCAUGUACAUGUAUCUACUACAUGUACAUGUACAUACUGUACAUGUACCUCAUACAUUUGUAUUAUAAUUAUCAUUGGUCAACAUGCACAUAUAUAACAAGUGAAUGCUACUGAAUAGCUUUCAUCAAUUGUGGCACAUACGUGUACACGUAUGCGUAUGACAGUGUUGCAUGGCAAGAGGGCUAAGACCAUCUUUAACUUAUUAUGAAAGUACCAACCCUCAAGGGAGAAUACUGUACCGUUGGUAAUUUUUGUGGGGUAUUAAUUUUUAUUAAUUUCAUGGUUCAUUUGUAUCCACCCCUACCACUCACACUUGAGAACCUAAUUAGCUGGCCAUUCCGAACUCUAACUACUGUUUUCAAGCCAGUGGAGGAGCCAGAGUUUUUGCCUAUUGCUCCAUAUUCCACUAUAAGCCAUGUAUUGGAAGCUAGUGCUGUAGAUCCAAGUGAAAAGAAGCUUGCUACCUUCCAGCCAUGAAUAUACAUGUACCCACAAAUAUUAGCUUCUAAGUAUAGGUUAUUAACCGAGGUAGAGGUUUCUAUUGGAUUUAUUAACCGAGCGGUGAAGUUGCAAGGUUAAUAAAUACGAUAGAAACCAAGACCGAGGUUAAUAACUGACUUCUAUCAUGCAUUACUAUAACAACCACUGACCAAUCGGAAUGUAUAACAGGAGAGUAUAAAAGCCUUCUCCCAUGGUUACCAAAUUCAUAAUUUGCGACUCACUUCAAAUAAAAAGAAGGCAAAAAGUUGCUCCUUGUGUUGCAGCCAUUUUUAAAAAGUCACUCCUAAAAUAAUUAAGGACACACCCAUCAGAAGUAAUGGAUAAAGGGGCGCCACCCUUUGAUGGAGCUACAAAGCGUUUUGCUAAGCCGAAAUCAGAAGAAGAGCUUGAAAUCAUUCAAAAGAAUUCAGAGCCGCUAACUACUGCAAGGACCAACAAAUGGGCAGUUGCUGUAUGGAACAAAUGGUCUAAAUGCAGGCUAGAUGAUCACAAAGAGGCUCCGAUUGGUCCGCCAUAUUUGCUACCUUCAAAGGAUGAUCUUUACCACUGGAUGACUUGCUUCAUCGUUGAAAUCAGAUGCAAGGAUGAGUUUCAUGGAUUUAAAACAACUCUAGAUUCCGAGAUGAAGAGGUUCAAAGCAGAUGGAGUUGGACUAGAAAAAAGGAGAGCAGACCCAAUAUCUGUCAAUGAUGAGGAGCAACUAUGAUGAGCAGCUAAUAAUGAAGGUGACUGGACAUCAAAGUCUCGAAGGAGCUCGAACAUAUAACUGAACAUCGGAGACUCAGAAUAAAGAAAUUUUGUCAAUUCUAAAU